ACGCUGUGUCUCUGUGUGUCCCACAGCGGCUCUCAGCAGUCAGUAUGACGGAGGAGGAGGCCCCGGGGCCCGCUGAGCUCCUCUCGGCCGAGGACUACGCCGCCGAGGCCAUGGCUGCAGACAUGGACCCCUGGAUCGUGUUCGACGCCUGUAAGACGCCCCGAGCGGAGUUCAGCAGCUGGCUGGAGUCCAACAGGCCGUCGCAGGUGAGCCGCUGUGGGGCCAAGGGCCCGGUGGGCUGGAUCGCGGUCCGAGGGCCGCAGUACUGGAAGGACACCGGAGAUGUGGAGGGUCUGCAGGACAGCUGGGAGACACUGCUGGAGAGCGGCCGCAGCAUCAGCUUCCACACCAUCAGAGAGCUGGCGCUCAAUCACAGCGUGCUCUACGGGAAGUGGCUGAUGCACCUGGACACGGGCUUCAAGGUGGACCGCGCCUGGGAGAGCAUCGCCAGAGCCGUGCUCGACGCCAAGAUCGACUCCGCCAAAGUGAGUCCCAGAGACCCGCGCUCCGACCCCAGGCACGUCAUCUGCGUCUACAACCAGAACUUCACAGACGAGGAGCAGGUGAUGCGUCUGGACUCUGUCAUCCGCGCCGCUGGUGUCAAGUGUGUCAUGUACUACAAACCUGACGUCUACACGCACCUGGGCAUCUACCGCAACAACCGCUGGAAGAUCUGCCCCACCAUCUACGAGAGCAUGUUCGACCUGGAGAGCGUCCCUCGCCGCUCACACAUCAUCAACAAGGUCACCAACCAGGAGGUGACGUGAAGCCGCUGCGCUCCCGGCCGAACACCUCUCUGUUUUACUUUAGUUUGGAACUGCACUUUUGUCUUGUAGAAACGUUCUGUUGAGUUAGUGAUGUCAGUGACGGAGAAACUGCAUGUCAACGUGUGUACAUACAGCCAAAAUGUUGAAGGGCUUGAGAUAUUUGAGUUAUUCUUUUAAAACAUCUUUUAUAUUCAACAAGGUUGGUUUUGUUCAUCUGUUCAUUUUGCCAAAUAAAUCCAGGAGAUUUCAAACGGUGA